AUGUCAUCGACUAGGAGGAAGCUGAAAUACGGAAUUAACGGUAGGGCUUGUACUUCCCCUGCUUUACUAUCUACUUCGAUUAAAUGGCAAAGACCUGAUACGGACAGUCAACUAUCCAGGCUCGCAUACCAAGCUUCUCGCGGGAUUCCUCCAGAUCCUGCUCACUCCACAUCAAAAAGAAACGAUGUGCCCAAACUAUCAAUUUUACAAAGACCUUCUUCUUUGAAACAAGUGGUUGAAACUAAAAACUUGGUUCAGAAGUAUGUAGCGGAUUCGAAGGACAGAUUGGAUCGAUGGGCUCAACGGAAUAGUUCAUCUAUCACUUCUCUUCUAAAAAAGUGCGUCUCUCCUACUACAACGUCUACGGCAGUUAAUAAAUACGAACCGAAAGCUGAACUUGAUGUAACUUACAGCAGGCCUGCAGGAGCUACAUAUGGCGUGAAAACUAGAGAUGAAGACAAGAAGAAUGAUAUUUUGAAACCAAGGCUCAGCGGAAGCGAUAUCAGAAUCAAAUGGGAUGUGAACUGUUCGGAGAAAAAACCAACUGGAAAGACUUCAUAUAUUUCCCAAGGAUCCAUCGUCUUGCGUAUGCCUGUAGCGGGCACGUCUUCCCGUUCGGGUAGAUUGGCUCGCAUCAGCCAGAGCAACAUCCGACCAUAUGGCUCCGGUAACCAAGCUCCCUCUACCCAUAGUGGCAUUGGUGGCCAGCCAUUACCAGGUGUUGAUGUCACGCCUGGUGCAGGUUCCAAAAAAGAAUUCCGUCAUAGAUUUGAAAUAGUUAAGAAGCUUGGUUCGGGAACGUAUGGUAAAGUAUCACUGGCUUUCGAUCACAAAUUUGAAAGAGAGGUUGCCGUGAAGUUGAUUAAGAAAAGCGCCAUCGAGAACAAAGAAGAUCUUGUUCGUAUUCGACGAGAAAUCAGAAUAAUGUCAGCUUUGAAUCAUCCUAACAUCAUACAAAUCUUCGAAGUGUUCGAAAACAGAGACAAAAUCAUAUUGGUUAUGGAAUAUGCAUGUGGAGGUGAAUUGUACGAUUAUGUUUCCAAAUCCGGAUCUCUUCCUGAACCAGAAGCUCGUAGAAUAUUCCGUCAAAUUACUUCAGCUGUUUUAUAUUGUCAUAAACAUAAAGUCGCUCAUCGUGAUCUUAAGCUUGAAAAUAUUUUGUUAGAUCAAGAUAAUAAUGCAAAAAUAGCUGAUUUUGGUUUGUCAAAUUAUUUUUCCGAUAAAUCAUUGUUGUCAACAUUUUGUGGCAGUCCUUUGUAUGCAUCUCCAGAAAUUAUAAACGGAACUCCUUACCAUGGACCAGAAGUUGACUGUUGGUCUUUGGGAAUCCUACUUUACACAUUAGUCUAUGGCUCUAUGCCUUUUGAGGGUCGAGAUUUUAAUCGCAUGGUACGGCAGAUAAAACGGGGAGCUUAUUAUGAACCAGAUACACCAUCAACUGCAUCUAUGCUAAUUAGAAACAUGUUACGGGUCAAUCCUGAGAGAAGAGCCAAUAUUUUUGAUAUUGCUUCUCAUUGGUGGUUAAAUCUGGAGGAGAACAUGCCUGUCAUUCAGGAACUCCCAGAGAAUCAAAUAAUUGAUCACACACCGUUAACAGAAAGAGCUGAGACUAUGAUUGUUCAAGAUUUGGCUGAUGAAACGGACGUGUUCAUGGAAUUCGGUCACCUGAGCAACGAAACAAGACAUAAGAUUGAAGAGUUUCGUCGUAGAAGGAAAGAGGCUGAGCACUAUAUUGAUAACUCUCCUGUUAAGCCACCCAAGGCUAGAAAAACAGAUGGAGAUGCUGAAGUUCCAGAAAUGCGAACAGAAGAAAAAAGUUUACGAGGGUACACUGAGAAAGAGAAGGAGAAAGAGAUCAAUGAUCCUUUGGAACGGUUACGACAAAUUGAAAAUCGGCUGGGUCGAUCAACUCAACCAACACCUGUUAAAACUGCCCCACAAAAGCCUGCAGCGAAAGUUGAACAAGUUCCUGAACCUCCAAGGCAACCAUCCGUCAAAAAAACUGUUGAAGUUGUCAAGCCUACACCUGAGCAACCGGAGGAUCCCGUUACUGCUAGAACAGAUGGACAAGGCAAUGAAAGCCGAGCACCAUCGUUUGUGCCAGUUUCGGCAACGGCGUCUCCUCCACCAUAUCGCCGAAUGUCCGCUAGUACGUACAGGAUCGAGACAGACUCGUUGAAUAUGUUAAUGAAUCAAGUGUUAGAACAAAUGGAUAAGGGACCAGUUAGUUUGAACUUAGUUGCCCGUAUCAAGGCACAUCCUCUAUAUGAUAGUAGACCGAUGGUUAAAGAACUAUUAGAGAGUAUUAUAGCAGCUCAACCACCAGCAGUUCAACGUCAUGCUUCUAAGAUCAUCGAACAGCAAUCACAGGAUGGUGUUAGAAAGACGUCAGUCGGAAAUUCUACUGGUACUCUUCCGAAGAAAGAUACUAAAAAUCAGCAAGCACCAACGUCCCAACGUCGUAGCGAAGCUACCAAAAAAGCAAUGGGAGAACGCCCAUGGCACAGCGUGGAGGUUGGAUUCGAACAAGAUGAUGAAUCAGAGCUCGAAGAUGCUAUGGUGCAAUCAGUGCGAAGCACUGCUACGGAAGUUACUGUACAAGACACUUCGUUCGAAGAUAGUGACGAUCAAACUCAGCCUCUUGAAUCUCCAAAAACGCCAAUUGUAAAUGUGGAAGUACGCGAAACUCAAACUCAAACUAUCGAUGAGGCUGAUUCGGAAGAUGAAGACGAAGAGUAUACUGAUUCUGAAAUGGAAGACCUGGCUGAUGAGGUUGACAAGAAGGAACCAUGUGCAGUCCCAGUUGUUGGAGAGUUCUUAGAAACUCUGCCUCCACCUGAUCCUGCUACUAACGUUCCUCCAUUGUCAGUUUCACCACAGUAUCUCGAUGCAUUCGAUCGCGGAUUGAUUAAGAGACAGAGCAAAGGAAAAUAUCAGCAUAGUCGUGUUGAUAUGUACGGUAGAGGAGUUUCUACGGACUGUGAAUCUCCCACUCUUACACGUAAACAUAUGGGAGGACCACAACCAACUCCUGAGCAAUCACCAUUUCUUUUUGAUACGGCGAAAAAGUUGAUAAUGCAAUAUCCCACUCACCCCGAUCCCAGACUCAUCGAAAAUGAACUUCGUGUGCGUCGUAAGAAAGAUCUUUUGAAGGUUGAUGGUGGUGACUCACUAAUGAACAGCAGCAGAAGUAUGACACCCACAAGUCAUGUCGGGUCCGUACCUCCUCGGUCACCCCCUCCAUUGAAAUCAGACAGUGAAGAUGAGGAAGAUGAAGAUGAAGAGGAAGAAGAAAUUGAUGAAUCCGAAGAGGAAUCUGAGGAGGAGGAAGAAGAAGUUGUUGUUAGAAGACCUCGAGCUCCUAUUAUCAAUGCAGUACGCCGUGAUGGAGAUAAAAUUGAAACAACUACGGCAGUUUUGAAUGGUCGCCGUUCCUCAUACAUGCAAAGUGCUCCUGCUAGUAUUCAUGCUUCUAUGUCGCCAGAACCUGUACGGGCUGUCACUCCUCAAACAGCAUCAAAUGCAAACUCCAAUGCAAAAUACUUCGUGACUGUAGCUGAGUUGAAAGUUAAGCCAUCUGCUAAUGCAGCUACUGAACCUAAGCCGUAUAGUCGUGUUAAUAAGCAAGGAGUGAAUGGCACGAAAACAACUACCGACAAGAAGAGUACAGAGUCUCAACUUAAGGAAGAACUGAAAAACGCUCCAGUAACCGGAACAACUCAACCAUUGAAAGCAUCGACACCUGUUAAUCAACUUCAGAAUGGCCAACCCAGUAGUCAAAGCCCUGAAGGAGGUAAAGAAGCUUGGGAAUCUGCAGCAGCUUAUAUUAGGAGGAAAAAUCGUGAACGCCGAAUUCGCAACUUAACCAUCGCCGCACCGGAAGAGAUAUCACGAGCCACGGAGAGAUUAAAUGUAAAUAGUGGAGAAUCAUCCCCUGGCUAUCACGGUGUGCCUUCAACAGCUGGAGAUCAGUUUUACACUCAUCAUACGAGCACUUCUGGAGCUUCAUCUUUGCUUAACUACAUCAGGCCAAGAUAUCAUGAUGAUGUAUACCGCAGACGUGGAAUUGACUCUGAUGAUCGUUCAGUUUCACCUAACCGAUACAAUACUGCAGCUGUUUCGCGCGAAGAACGCCGUAGCUCUUAUAACAACAUGCAUGAACUCUCACCAGACCGACCAGAUUACAGAUCAUCAGCGUAUGGGGUCGGAGACACCCGAAGUUAUUACACUUCCAAUGCCAGUCCUAGCUACACAAGAAAGUUUGAAAAUGAGUUACAAUCCUCUUCUUUACAAACUUGGGCAGCAGAACCAAGAAAGUUCGAAGUUUACAAAACAAGAGCUGAGCGUGAUCGAGAAAUGCAUACUAUGCACACCACACCAACUGCUGCUAGUUCAUAUCGUCCUACUUCAUACUAUUCUGGAAGUGAUAGACCCUUGACAACAUAUGGGUAUAGAAGUCAAGAUGUUCGAAAUGAUUACCGUGAACCAUAUCGUAGUACUAAAUAUGACGGAGAUAAUUAUGGAUAUCAUCGAAGAUCAGUGUAUGAUUAUGAUAACAGAGCUGUUACACCGGGAGUUGAUACGUCAUCCAUUCCCUAUUCUUCAGAACAAACUAGCGGGUAUCGUCCGGCAGCACGACGAGUAACAUCUGCACUGACUGAUGCUGACAAACGGGCUUAUAAUCACAGAAGCAGAUCGAUGGAUCGGAAGCAAGUCUCUAAAGACCAUGAUUACUCAGCACAACUACGUCAUAGACUCAUGACUCCAGAGGCUGCUAGUGGAUCGGACUUUAGUUAUGUAAACUAUCACGAUUCCUCUAAUGGCCGGGCUAGUCAAGGAAGAGAUGACAAAUCAGGUGCUCCAAGAGGAAUCCUUAAAACACGUCAAAGUAGUGAACAAGAUGCAAGAAGCUCAGUGGAUGCAUUAGCUCCAACAACUGGUGGAACUAAUACUUCAAAUUCGGGAAACGGUCGAGGGUUGGAUGGUGGGACAGGGCCGGUUCGCUCGGUAAUCGAUCGUCUAAGGAGACAUCUUUCACUCGAGAAGAGCUCCUCUCCACAAAGACAACAACCGGCUCAAACUCAGGCUCCGCAAACCCUGACGACGUUGGGUCAGGUAAAUGGAGUGCGCGCGCCAUCCGCCGGCGCCAAUCCGAAAGACUUGCAAGGCCUCCACAAUGGAAGUAGCAGGGAUGAAAGUCCCAAAAAGAAACGAUCCUUACUUUCCUUUAAUCGGAGACGAACUAGUGAAGUUCGUCUUGGAGCAGAUGGAAAACUAAUCACUAAUGGCGUUGAUGACCAAUACAAAAGACCUAGCUCUCCUAUAGACAAGAUAAAAUCCUUGUUUAGAAAAGGAGACGGGGCUACCCAAGAUCCGUACUUUUCAAGUCGUUAUGUAGCAGGAUCAGAUAAAUCCUACGGUUACCCGACAAGUAAUGUGGCAUCUACCCGCGAUCCAUAUGUUCCUCAAUACCGAAAGUUCCCAGGUUCAACCCCUCGGGAUACGAAUGCAGCUUUGAAUCGGUACAGCUAUACACCAGGCUUAACAGAACAGCGUCGUCACUGGUUUGACGAUCAUAAUAUGUACUAA